GCUUCCGUCAGCCCCAGCACCGCGCCACGCUGCAGUGGAGCUUCGACGCAUCCUCAACGGGAUCCAAGCGUUUGUUCCGUGCGCGUGUGGGCUUCGUGUUGGACGGCAUUCCACACCACGUGGUUGGUGGGUGGCAUCCUCGAAAGAAGUUGGCACAACAAGAUGCUGCUGCUGGCUCACUGGGCUUCUUUGUGGGUGAGUGGGGCAACCAUCUAGCACCACCUGAGCUGACUGAUGUGCCCACCGAGGCACUGGCGGCUUUGCAGGUUUUUUGCCGUAGCUAUGCGCCCUGCGACCCCAAGAUUAGCUGGAGCAUUGAGCGACUGCCAGCCAUGCAAUAUCGGGCCUUGUUGAACGUUCCCAUCUUCGGAGUGCCCCACACGUUUGCGGGUGCCUUGAGCCGUACACCAGAUGCGGCCAAAGCAGACACCGCGAGCCGGUUCUUGUGGUAUCUCCAGUGCCCCAACUUCGAGGACCGCUACGAGAUCGACGCCUCGGCUUUGAGCCGUGAGAAGUUGGAAAGCCCAUCAGUGCAGUGGCAGAUCCCGGGUGAUACUCGACAUCAGCUGCCUGACUAUAACAUGACCUACCCAGGAGUGGUUCACCUUGUCACCCAAGUGUUUUUGUUGUUGUGAACAUUGAGUGUUCACUCCCCACUCAAAACCCUGGUUUUGCGGAUCAGGUGAUUGCUUAUGUUCCCCAUGGUUAAAUCCACUUCUGGGGGAAAACAGUAUGUUUUUUUCCAGGAUCCUGGACCAGCAAGUCGAAGCAGCCAGGUGGACGAAGGUGACUCGGGUAGGCAGAGUGGUAUCUCUUUCAGGACAUGGGCGUCCCCAGUGCAAUGAGGUGAGUAGCUUGAAAGAGCCUAAUAGAUGCAUUUUUUUUUAUGUCCUGGCAGGAUGCGGCCAGUGAAUGGUUGCCAAAGCAGGAGGCAGGUCCCAGGCAUCAACUGAACUAAUUCUUGAACCCUGUUGGACCGAAAUCCGCCGAACCAGUACUUGAAAACAUGCACUCCCCCCCACGUCAUCGCCCCUGGCCGCGUUGCGGACGUGCGCAUCAAAAAGGUGCGGAGGUGGCUACGCUUCAGUGGCUAAGCAGGAUCCAGUGCCCAGUACGCCACCCUUGCGGCCCCCAAUGUCCGAAUCCUCUGGAGGGUUCUGAAGCCACCCUUUCGUAGGGCUCCAGUCGUGCCUCCUCAGAACGUAUGACUGGACCCUCCUGGCACCCACUCCAGUCCCACCGAACCGAAACGAAGGUAUGACUGGAGCCCUAGGGCCCUAGCGCUUCAUUCAUUUGGAGGGGUUUUCUUUUGGUCUCAAAUGGUUGAGUGUUGAGGGACCGGUAGACCGGUACCCGUUUGGACCAUCGACUGGCCUCAUCGACCGCGGCCGUCCCGAGACAGUUGCGACAACGCAAAGAGGCCAAAGGCCCUACAGGGUUGGACGAUUGGAUGGUGGCCAAAGGCAGCUGUGAAAUUCCAAGGUAUACCAAGCAGUUGUUAUACAAAGCAUGUAAUCCAUCUCCUUCCUGACUUUUGCCAAGGCAAAUGCCACUGGCCGUUCUCCCUGAGUUGCCACCACAAAAACAGCAAGCACGGCUUGUUGAAACAUAUAUAACAGUUAUGGAAGAGUUAUGGAAGGUUUCCCUAUUCAGACCCUGGUUUCAGCGCAACUUCGUUGGCCUUAUGUCCUGGCAGUCCUGGCACCAGCACAGAAGGGGGGGCGAUCGGUUCCGUUGGGAUGUUUUUUUGUUUGGUGAUCCCCUGAUCAUCCAUUACCUUGAUUCGAUUCCUCAUGUAAGGAGCAUCAGAUGCAUAAAGCGUCACCACCACCAUUGACAGCUGUUGGUGAGAUUGGUUCGUUUUCCCACGGCGAGUUUUUGAGCGGCAGAUGGCCUUGGAUCCAUAGCGGACGAGGUGAGGCGUCCCUAGCAGAAACCUGCAAGCAAAUUGAACUCCUCUUGGAGGGCUGUGCUUCCAGCGAUGGCUGCUGAGCUGGAUCGUUCUCCGAGCGCAGCACCGGUCGCCCAUGACUCCAUGAGUGGAUCGUGUGGCACCGGCCACGGGGAACAAAACGAAGAUCCUGAGAUAGGAGAUCUCCGACUACCAACAGGCAGUGAAAGCAUCAUGUGGUG